UAAGCACUUCGAGUUUCGUCAGGUGGGCAUGCUUGUUAUUUUCGCUGCUCUCAUUUCCUCAUCAACUUCCAUUGGUCACCAUUUCUCCGCCCGCUUCAGGUUGCGUCACUUACAAGCCAUCUCUUCCUCCGUUAAUUCCCACUCUGCUCCAAUGGCUACAGCCGAGGAAUCUCUUCGCAAGGCCUUGGCCGAGAAGCAAUCAGCUGUCGAAGCUCAGGGCAACGCUGUCCGUGCAAUGAAAGUAGCUGGUGCUUCCAAGCCAGAAAUCGAUGCCGCAAUCGACGCCCUCAACGGAUUGAAGCUCGAGAAGACGUCCAUCGAGAAGCAGCUACAAGCUGCCAUUAGCGGUGCCGCCGGUGAUGGCUCCCUUAACAGGGAGGCGUUCCGCCAAGCCGUCGUCAAUACCCUAGAGCGGCGUUUGUUCUACAUUCCAUCGUUCAAGAUUUACAGAGGUGUCGCCGGGCUUUACGAUUACGGGCCUCCAGGCUGCUCCGUUAAGUCCAAUGUGCUUGCUUUCUGGCGUCAGCAUUUUGUUCUUGAAGAGAACAUGUUGGAGGUUGAUUGUCCGUGUGUGACACCCGAGGUCGUCCUUAAGGCAUCUGGCCAUGUGGAUAAAUUCACUGACCUUAUGGUUAAAGAUGAGACAACUGGGACCUGCUAUCGAGCAGAUCACUUGCUCAAGGAUUAUUGCAAUGAGAAACUUCAGAAAGAUCUGAGCAUAUCUGCAGAGAACGCUGCGGAACUGAAGCAUGUACUUGCCACUGAUGAUCUCUCUGCUGAGAGCUUGUUCAAAAUUAACGAAUAUG